AUGCGCCUCCCUUCGAUCCUUUUACCGCUCGUCACCCUCGCCUUCUCGGUAACCGCGAGCAAAGUCGUCGAUCUCGAUGGAGACAACUUUGAUAAACUCGUUGGAGCUGGGAAGCCUGCUCUGGUAGAGUUCUUUGCGCCUUGGUGUGGGCAUUGCAAGAACCUCGCCCCCGUCUACGAACAACUCGCAGAUGCGUUCCCUACCGGUAAAGUCCUGAUCGCCAAGACGGACGCCGACGGUGCCGGCAAGUCUUUGGGAAAGAGGUUUGGCGUCAAGGGGUACCCCACUUUGAAGUGGUUUGGACCUGAUGGAGGCGAACCGGUGGAUUACGAAGGUGGAAGGGACCUCGACUCGUUGGCCAAGUUCGUCACUGAAAAGUCCGGUGUCAAGUCUUCCAUCAAACCUCCCCCUCCUCCCGCCGCCCUCGAGGUCGACAACAAGAACUACCACCAACUCAUCAGCAGCGGCAAAGACGUCCUCAUCGCCUUUACCGCACCUUGGUGUGGACACUGCAAGUCCCUGAAGCCCGUCUACGAAAAGGUCGCCACGGCGUUCAAGAACGAGAAGAACGUCGUCGUCGCUCAGAUGAACGCGGAUGCCGAUGAGAACAAGGAGAUCGCUUCCGAGGUUGGUGUUCAGGGGUUCCCGACCAUCAAGUUUUUCCCCAAGGAUGGAUCGGGGCCGGUCAACUAUGCCAGCGCUAGGUCCGAGGAGGCGUUUGUCGAGUUCUUGAACGAAAAGGCCGGUACCCACCGAGCCGUCGGAGGUCGACUCUUGCCCACUGCCGGCAAGGUCUUGGCUCUCGACCAGCUCGCCUCCAAGUUCUUCAGCGCCGCGUCCUCCUCGGACCGAUCGAGCAUCCUCGAACAGGCCCAGGCUUACGUAGCCAAGUUGACGGGAUCUGCCAAGACCGGAGCCGAGGACGUCGUCAAGCGGGCCAACGGGAGCGAGGGAGAGUACUACAUCAAGGCUAUGCAAAGGGUUGUUGAGAAGGGCGAGGAUUGGUUGAGCAAGGAGACCACCAGGAUCGGAAAACUCCUCCAAUCCCCCUCGCUCGCCCCGGAAAAGCUCGACGAGCUCCAGAGGAAGAACAACAUCCUCUCGGCCUUUGUCCACAGGAAGUUUGACGAGGCCGCCGAUGCGCUCAGUGACGCUUCGUUGGACGACGUAGAGGAGGCCGUGAGGCACGCUACGGCUUCGGUCAAGGUUGCUGCUGGACAGGCUACCGAUCGGGUCAAGCAGGAGCUCUAG